AUAUCUAUUGCUUAUUUCAGACUAGAAUCUAGUGCUUUAUGCUAAUAAAUCAAUUGAACACGACUCUUAAACCUAAUUAUCCAUCUACACACACAAGAUGUCUGCAUUGGAUGAAUUGAAGAAGCAAAACGCGGCGUUGCAAGCCGGCAUCUCGAAUAUCUCCAAAGUCGCUAAUAAUAGUCCUGCCAAACGAGCUGGCGAAGCUAAGAAACCACUAGGGCAAAAAGCAGAGUCCACCACGCUUCCGAAGAAGGCCCCGGUAACUAGCAUUCAGAAAUCGGCGGUUACGCCCGCGAAGAAGCCAACUCCAGCUCGAACACCUAUAGGAACCAAAAAGGCUGUUCCAGGCACUGCAAGCAAAGCAGCGUCGGAUGGUCCAACACCAGUCAAGAAGCCCCCAGCUAUGGGGGCAUCAACUUCAACACGCACUCCUAUAGGAACAAAGAAACCCAUCCCCGGCACCGGGCAACCUGCUACCGUCUCCAAACCGACAGUUUCAGUUGCGAAGAAGCCGCCUGCAGCAAGUGCAGCGCCACAGAAGGAAACACUUACAGUUCGAGGUCCCCCGACCAUCAAUGACAGCCCGAAGCCAACACCAGUUAAAAAAACCCCUCGAAAACUUGAGCGUAGAGGCGAUUCUAUCAGUCAAGCCGGCGGUAUGACCACCGGGGCUCUAAAUAAAGGAGUGGGGGCAACUACGGGAGUUGUAGACAAAGCUAGCGGAGGUGCAACGUCAGGAGUAAACUCUGCCUUGGGUGGGGUGACGAGUGUUGCUGGAAAAGGUGCAGAACGGUUGCCAGGUGGUGUCGGUAAACCGGUUAAGCAUGUGACAGACAAUGUUGGCAAAACUGCUACUGGAGCAACUUCGAACGUGAACAAAACUCUCGGGAGCACAACAAGUGGGCUCAAAUCGACUAUUGGUGAUACGACAACAGCUGCCGGUCAAGGCGAUAUACGAGGUGCCAUUGGUGGUGCCACUGGAGGGCUAGGCAAAACUGUUUCGGGAGCUGGUAAAGGCGUUGGGAAUACCGCUGGAGAUGCAGUUUCCGGCCUUGGCGAUACCGUAGGUGGUCCCGUUGGAGGCGUUGUUGGCAAUGUUGGUAAAGGUACGAAGAAUUUAGUGGGUAGCACGACAAGCGGAGUUGGAGAAGGGGUUGGCAAGCUGGGGAGAGGAGAUGUUAUUGGUGGUUUAGGUUCAACUGUUGGUGGUGUCGGAAAAGGUGUUGGUGGGCUACUUGGAGGGGUUCUUGGUGGCCAAGAAGAUGACUGAGUCCUAACGUUGAAGGCAGCGGUAAGUUGAAUUUGAGUCACUAGCUGAGGCUUGACAGCUAGAAUUUAUAUUCUACUCUUGGAGUUUGGUGUCUUUUAUUCCAGAAAAAAAUAGGACAUCCUAAAUUGGGUCUGAACACGAUGGAGAAGAGAAUUAUCAAUACUUGAGGAAAAACACAGGUCAUAGGGGAGGGUGCGCACGGAGUGCAGAAUCUUACUUUCUUGCACUGGGCGCUCACGUUAUCAUCUCAAUCUAGCUGAAUUCCGCUCAGCCACUCGGAUCAGGAGUCCAACGAUCCACAACAUAAAAGGAAAAGUUCAUUAAUUCAAGCCAGAACUCUUUGAUUUCGUGGCAUGUUUCCACCUAUUUGUGUUUAUGAC